GCCCUUCCCUGCCGCUGCUGCCCCUGACGCGAGAUCAACAAGAGGCUAGGCCGGCCAGCCAGUAGUGUGAAUGAGCUCCUGGCUAACUAACGGUGCCGCUCUGGGCUGCUUUCUCCCGCAGAAGGAGGGACAAUAUAUUUUCUUCCCCGACAGGAAAGCUCCUUUGCCAGCAACAUAACGGAUGUUACCGUGAUGGAUUGACCGAGGAGGAGCAGAUUUUCCCCGGUUAGAGCAGCAGGUGUAGUGACGGGCGAAGGAGGUGAUCUCGGUGUUCAUGAAACUUUGCUACGAUUUACGCGCUGGGGUUGCCGUCCGCCAUGUUAAGUUAAAGCCCAGGUGCGCGGUGUUGACUAUGCUCAAGCGCCUGGACAAGAUCCGCUUCCGAGGCCCAAGGACGAGAGACGACUUCCCCGAGCUGGGCGAGUCGCCGCCCGCCUCCGACAACGAAUGUAGCGACGACGUGCAGCCGAAGCCGCGAGCAGCGCCGCGAGAAGGCGACGACCUCCUGCGAGAUCCUGCUGGUUCAGGGUCUCCCAUCAUGGCAGCGGCGAUACAGGACUUCCAGAGGUCAGAGUCAGACCGGCUCAAUGAGGUCAAAGGUCAUUUGGAAAUUGCCUUGCUGGAGAAACACUUUCUACAGGAGGAGUUAAGGAAACUGCGGGAGGAGACCAAUGUGGACUCCCUGCGGCAGGAGCUGGAGAGGGAGCGGAGCAAGCGCCUCGACCUGGAGCACAAGAUGGGGGACGUGCUGAAGACCAGGCUCGAAGAUUCCCCGCCGCAGCCUCCCCGAAAACAACAGUCGCCCUCUAAUAAUGGAACAGCAGAUAAGCCGCAGAAGGAGGUGUGGAGCUCGCGGCUGCAGAAGUGGCUAUACGAGCGCUUCGGCGUUUACAUCGAAGACUUCCGCUUCCAGCCGGAAGAGAGCACGGUGGAGGCCGAGGAACCACUAAGUGCUAAAAGGCUGACCGAGAACAUGAGGCGACUCAAACGAGGAGCCAGGCCUGUUACCAACUUCUUAAGGAACCUCUCCGCCUUAUCCAAUUGGCACUCUGUGUACACCUCAGCGAUUGCCUUCAUUAUUUAUAUGAACGCUGCUUGGCACGGCUGGGCCAUUCCAAUGCUCCUCUUCCUAGCCAUCCUGCGCUUGUCCUUGAAUUACCUCAUCGCCAGAGGUUGGAGGAUCCAGUGGAGCAUUGUGCCUGAGGUCUCUGAGCCCAUGGACCCUCCAAAGGAAGACCUGACUGUGUCCGAGAAAUUUCAGCUCGUACUUGACGUCGCACAAAAAGCGCAGAACCUCUUCGGCAAGAUGUCAGAUGUUUUAGAGAAGAUAAAAAACCUCUUCAUGUGGGUGCAGCCGGAGAGCACCCGGAAACUGUACAUCUGCCUGUGGGUGGCUUUCAUCACCUCCUGCGUCCUGCCGUACAAACUGAUGGGCUUCAUGAUCGGCCUGUAUGCCGGCAUCAAGUUCUUCAUCAUAGACUUCAUCUUCAAGAGCUGCCCGAAGUUGCGCGACAAGUACGACACCCCUCGCAUUGUGUGGAACAGCCUCCCGACAGACCCCCAGCUCAAAGAGCGGACCAACGCCACUGUGUCACGGCGGCUCUCUGCAACAGAGAAGGUGCAACCGGUGGCUUCCCGAGGCAGCCUGGCGGCCGUGCCGUGCGGCGUGAACCGAGAAGAGGAAACGGGGCGCUCCCACAGCACCAAGAAAGGAGCCUUCCAUGAGAUCUUUAACCUACCGGAGCUGGAGCGCCCUCUCGCUGUGUGUGAGAACGGCUGGAGGUGCUGCCUCAUAAACCGAGACCGGAAGAUGCCCACAGACUACAUCAGGAACGGAAUGCUUUACGUCACUGAGAAUUAUUUGUGUUUCGAGAGCUCUAGCUCCAGGUCGGGCUCCUCCAAGAAGAAUAAAGUCAUCAAGCUGCUUGACAUCACUGACAUACAAAAGUACAAGGUGCUGUCUGUCCUACCAGGAAGUGGAAUGGGGAUCUCCAUAGCAACACCUUCCACUCAGAAGCCGCUGGUGUUCGGCGCCAUGAUCCACCGAGAUGAGGCGUUCGAGGCCAUCUUCACGCAGUACACCAAGAUGGUCACCACCGGCAAGCCGCCGGCCGCCACAGCCGCCACCGGCGAUCAGUAAACCCCGCGCUCCGACUCUCAGGCGCCACUUCCUGUUGGACUUUUUUUCUUUUUUCUAUCAAAAUGAAAGGGGGGCUGGUCCCUCCUCCAUCAGCUGACUGCUUCCCUCGUGUCGUACCGUGUGUGUGUUGCAUGUGCGACAAAAUAGUCUUCAACUGUGAUUAUUUUCUCCCCUCCUGACGAGAUUCCACAAUAUCAAAAAAACAACUGGAGCGUAUGAUAGACGCCAUUAUUUUUAUUUUUUUUUGCAAAUGUGAAAUAUGUAGCUCAUUUUUCUUCCAUAUUUGCCUUUUAUUGACAUGUUUGGACCGACGGUGCGGAGGAAAAGCACAAAACAUGUAAGACGGCACAAUGUGGUUCUAAAAUAGGCGACUCAUCUUCUCCCGGCACUUUAUUACGUGGAACUGGAACGUUGCAGAAAUACUUCAAAAGUAAAGUAUUUCACUCAAUCACUUCUGGUCAGGUGAUGGAGGCUCCAACAUUCAUGUUCAACUUUAUUUCAAGCCAGUAAAGCUGGUCUUUACUCCGUUUUGUGUAGACUGCCAAAAUCCAGCACAUUGUGUCGGAAGAAGAGAAAAAGGCCUUGAUGUUCUUAGUAUUUAUUUCCCCAGAGUCAGGCGUGAAUUUAUCAUUCAUAACCGGGUAUGACAUUGCGAUGCAUAAACGCAACUGACCGGUUCAAAUUGAAACAUUUUUUUGUUUGUUUAGAAGCUUUUUACCUGUCGCCUUUUUAGUAGUCUGUUUUUUUAACGGAAAAAGCACAGAAUGUAUGAUUUUUCUUAUGUUAUUUUUUUUUUUUUUUUUUUGCCAAAUCUGCCAUAUUCUGCCUAAGCUCAUGUUUACAUGAUUAUGUAUGUCUUUUUGGUAGUUUGAAUUCCUUUCAUUUGGGAGUAGUGACGGCUACUGUUCUUUAAAAUACUGUAUUGGGUCAAAUGAUGCGUUUUAACCAAUAGGAAAGCAGGAGGAAAUUGUGCUUCAUAAAGUUAGUUUAAUGGUUACUCUUUAUGGUUUUAUUUCACAAGCAUAAGUUCUCACUAGAACCACUGUGAGUUGUCCGGAAUGUUUCUUUUUUGUGUUUUUUUUUUUUUUUUUUUUUUUGUGAAAUAAAA